UGAAACGUAGCCAUGUGCUUGGACUCUUCGUCUGACCCCUCGAGUGGUGCUACAAUGCUGGCAGUCACGGGUCUGGGGGCAAGGUGGGCGUCGUGAUAGUGGUGUGGGCGUGGUGUCGUGGUUGUGAGAACGGUUUCUCGGCAUUUCCAUUAGCUGACAGUCUUCAGCAGGACCGCUAACAAUUGUGCAGUGGCACGCUACUGCUUCAAGUCCGCGCUUGCCUGCUGCCAUGUAUGGGUUCGCCAGCUGGAGGGGGCAGCUCCCGUGCCUCUGAUUCCUCAAGGGCAUUAUUGUGACUUUGUUUUCCUUAGCUCGUGAGGCAAAUGUGUCAUGAUGAAGAGAGCCGAGUAUCAAAUGUGUGCUGUGCUAGAGGCUAUGUCACCAUGCCAGCCUCUGUCACCAAGCCAUGUUAAGCUGCCGGCACCUACUACUGACCCUCACCAGUGGAAUAUUUGUGCUCAAGCUGGAGAAAAGAGGUGACAUUGUUAGCUAUUGAUCAUUGUAGUAUUGUUGCCACUGUGCCUUUAAUGCAUUUGUUAUUGUUGAGACUUUAAAGUGUUACCAACACAAACAAAAAAAAAUAUGUACGCUGUGCACAUCUUUUUUGGUGUAAAAUGAAUCAUUAGUAAUGUUAAGUAGUAAUAUAACAAUUUAGAGGGUUACAUCGAAUACAGUGCGUCAAGGAGAGCAGAAUACACCCACACAGACACCAUGGAUAAACUUCUACAGAAGCUCCGUCAAAACAUGGCUGAGCUCUCACUACAAGGUGAUGACUUCACAAGACAGAUCUGGCACAUGUACGCUACCUUCGAGGAGUUUAUAGACCACCAGCAGACCUCGGGGGAGGGCAGCCCCGCCUCCCGCCCCUCCUCCGGUGCUAACUCGGGCACGGAGGCCCCGCCGCCCCCCGCGCCCAACGGAGGCCUGGGUGCCACCAGCCCCCGAGAUGUGGUGAGUGGUACCGCCUCCGUCAGCACCUCCUGCCACGCCUCAGGCGGCACCACCGCCCGCGCCCACAUGGCCGAUGUGGCGCUGUCCCAGGGCGUGCUACCGCACGCCUCCCACUCGCGUUCAACGCCCUCGGUAGCUCGCGAUGACCUGGCGUUGGCGUCUCCGCGGCGGCGUCGCCGCCCGAGACGCCUCCGCCGCUCAGUGGACAACCCUCUACUGGAUACCAUCAGCGCCAUCGGUGACCCCGAUAGUGACGACGCCGACCUCCUUCCCCCGGCGCCGCCGCCGUCAGCGUCGUCCUGCUGGGGGCCGCGACUGCAUCCCGACGCUGACGUAGUGGGUUACGCUGGCAGCAACAGCGUCGACAGCGGCUACAAGAGCGCCUGCCCGACCCCGGAGCUGCCGGACCCCGCAGCUUACGUGGAGCACCGCUUGGAGAAGCGAGGUUCUUUGGCCUCGCUAGCCUCCACAGGCUCGUCCUCCGGCAGCGGUGGUGCCUCCAAGCCCCGCAUAGCCAUGGGCACGCGCGUCAUGUCCCGCGUACCCCGCUCCCCCAGUUCCGGGGGCAGCGCCCCCUCCCCAGGCCUCCCCAGGAGACCAGGGUCAGACGGCUCGUAUUACGAGCUGGAGCAGUUGGCGGGGCUGCGGGGCAGCUUGCUGGGGUCGCCGCCCCCGCACACAGCCCCUGCUGAGGUGAGAAAUCCCGGCUUCACCCGCUACUCCCCGCGAGGGUCCCCUGCCCCCCAGCGGAACUCUUCCCCCGGGGGUGCCACCCCCAGGGAUACCCACGUGUCUCGCCGCGCCGCCUCGCCUGCCUCUCCUGAACGACGACCUCGCAGUGCUUCUACUGGCUCCCGCUGCUCCCCUGGCACAAGGGGGCGUCGCCCCCCUGGCGGCCUACGAGCCGGAUCACCACUACUGGCAUCUACGGGGUCAUUGCCCCGGGCGGCGUCCCCGGGGCGACGCCCGCGGGCGCUCUCCCCUGCCACCCGCGAGGAGUCGCGGCCGCCCACAUCCUGGUCCCGGCAUUCCUCCCCAGGAGUGGCGCCGCCCCCGCGGUCGCUACGCCGCCCACCGUCGCCGAUCGUGGGCGGCCACCACGACACCGAUCUGGCGCUGCUGGAACGCGAGAUCGAUGCGCUGCUCUACGGCGAUCCACUAGCUCCCCCUCCAGCUCCAGACUACUAUGAUCUCGACUCUGAGUUCGCAGCAGCUUGUACCUGCCCUGCCGUCUUCACCAGACCCGCGCCUCCAGGGAUGACGGCGGGAGUGACAGUCUGCUACUCAGCCAGUGACGGAGUCGGGGGGAGCAGCGUGCCCCUGUGCCCCCUCGGCUGCGCCCCCCGGGUCCCGCAGCCCCCGCAGGUCGUGGCGCGGUGUGUCUUGGCCGUCCUCGACGACCUCCAGUGCCGCUCCGUCGGCCGACGUCGCUCCCUAGACGGCCACAGCCUCUGCAACGACGCGCGUGAGGUCUUCUUGGCCUCGCGUCUCCCCCUCCACGAGCUCCGACGUCACCAGCCUCUCGACGACACCACCUCCGAGUCCUCCUACGACAGCGCCCCCGACUACCACCUCUACGAGGAAAUUGUCUACGAGGCCACUACUUCCUCGCCUAGAUCUCUCGAAGCUGUUCCUCCACCUCUGCCUGCCAGGCCGCCUCAUCUCUUCCGAAGCACGACUUCACAGCAGACUCAAGAGCCACAGCUACAGGCACAGCAACAGCAGCAGUCACAGCAUCUACUGCAGCAGCAGUCACAACUGCGACAACAGCAAUCCCGACCCCAUCAGCCCUUGCCCGCACACUGGCACCAAGCAUCAGAAGUACAAAUACAACACAAACAAACAGCUCAUCACGGUCGAACUGCCGAGAAGCCAGCAGACAAAUCUCAGACACCUCCCCCGCCACAACAACCCUCACAACCGCAACAAAAUCAGUGUCGCACCAAGCCACCACCACCUCCUAAGCCGCCAAAGCCGCAGCGGACAUGUCAGUCGCCUGGGAACAAGCCAGUAUCAACAGCAGCAGCAGCAGCAACAACAAGCGCUCCCUCAACCCAUCUAAUCAGCUCCAACACUAAUCCUAAGAGUUCUUCUCCAGCAGUGGCACCACUGUCUCAGUGCGGCUCAUUGCAGCCGUUACAGCAGCAACAACAGUUGCUGCAAAAGCAGCAGCAACAACAGCAGCAGCAACAACAACAGCAGAAACAACAGCAACAGCUACAACAACAGCAGCUGCAACUACAACAACAACAGCAGCAGCUACAACAACAGCAGCAGCUACAACAACAGCAGCAGCAACAACAGCAGCAGCAACAACAGCAGCAGCAGAAGCAACAGUUACAGCAACAGCAGCAGAAGGAAGAGGCUUCUGUGACACUCAAACCCACCACCAAUAAACCAAAGCAACGCAACAACCUCUACUCCAUCUUCAGAGACCGUGAUCACCGACGCUGUCUCUCCGCCUCCCUGCAACAGGAAUAUCAACAGGACUUGCUUCCGGACAAGAAGCCAGCAGGAACAGCAACGGUUAGCAGCUGCGCCUCACUUGCUGGCACUGAAGAUGACUACGGGUUCAAAGUGGUUCCGCAUGUGGUUUAAAAAAUACGAGGUUUCAUGAUAAAUGCAAAACAGCGACGCGUCCUUGUGGCUUUUGAUGCUGCCUUGGGAGGGUAAAACGUAGGUUAAUACCUGUUUUUGCCCUAGUCAGGUCCAACUUUAAGAUGGUUCCUGACUGUGUGUCUGAGAAAUCCACGUGUUCGUGGAUACUCGUAAGAAUGCUUCAGGAUUGAAGAUGACGAGGAGAAAGGGAAGACUCACUUCUGUGGCCACUUACGGUGGAAUCGCCCUUUUCCAGGGAUCACGAAGGCCUACACGUGUGCCCAAAGGCCUGGCAAACUUUUUCAAAGGCCUGGAAGGCCCUACACUUAUGUUCGAAGGUCUUACACCCUUUUCCGGAGGUCUGGAAGGUCAUUUGUGCCCAGGGGCUCGGACGCUGCUUUAGAGGCCCGAACACUGCUUCAAGGGGGGGUCCAAACACUGCUUCAGGGGCCCAAACACUGCUUCAGGGGCCCGGUCACUGCUUCAGGGGCCCGGACACUGCUCUCCCCAUCACCAAGGUGCUUCAUAUCGCUCGUUAACUGCAGAGAUAUAUCUCAUAAAUGCAGUAACAGAAAAUGCCUUUUGUACAGAAGUGAAAAAAAGGUCAAUAAAUGUGUGUAGUUAUGCUGAUAGAUUAAGAACAAAAAGGCACAAUACCGUGACUGGAACAAUACACAAAUAACCCGCACUUAUGAGACAGGAGCCCAUGACGACGCAUCAGUCCGACUUGGACCAUUUACAGAGUUACUCCAAGUCGGACCGAAGCGUCGUCGUGGGCUCCUCUCUCCUAUGUGUGGUUGUUUGUGUACUGUGUGCUGAUAUAUUCUGAAGAGCCGACGUAAUAAUAAAUUAAGAAAGAGAAAUGAGACACCUAGUGUCGUUAGACAUUUGUUUAAAGUUCAUGUUAAAACUACGAAGAACUUGUGUAACAGUUAUUCAUUGUUAUUCAUUGAAUAACACUGUUUUCUUCAAACUCCGUCUCUUGUAUUUUAUUUGUUAGAAAAUGCUGAAUAAAUUUAAGCAUUAUACACAUAGUACUACAAAUGUGCAACGUAUUUGCCUAUUGAACGAAAAAGAGAAUAUCUAUACAAUAUAUGAGAUGAUGUGGAAGCGAAGAACAGCACGACAGGUGCUGAGAAGAGCACAAGUGCUAAAAACAGCACGACAGUUGCUAAGAGCAGCACGACAGGUGCUAAGAGCAGCACGACAGGUGCUAAGAGCAGCACGGCAAGUGCUAAGAACAGCACGACAGAUGCUAAGAGCAACACAAGUGCUGCUUUCAACUCCCACUUCUCAGUAGACACCCACACGUCUCAAGAUCAACAAGACACUUGGCGGCUGACUCAAACUGGACUUCAGGUUAUUACUCAGGUUUAUUAAAUGCCCACAAUAAAGGGCUGUCGUGUGUAAAUAAUAGUAAUAAUAUAAUAAUUAUAAUAAUAAUAAUAGUUAUGGCGAUAUAAGUCAAUGACAAACCUGGGAGUUUAGCGGCCGUGCCAGUGUUGUGUAUCUUUUAAGACGACUCUAGCCACGACUGUGCAUCAACUGAGUGCCAGUGUUGUGUCUUUUAAGACGACUCCAGCCAUGAUCCUGCAUCAACUGAGUGCCAGUGUUGUGUAUUUACUCUUAAGACGACUUAAACCACGACCCUGCAUCAGCUGAAUGCCAGUGUUGUGUAUCUUUUAAGACGACUCCAGCCACGACCCUGCAUCAACUGAAUCUGCGUUGCCUUUGUAGAAAACUCAAAUUUAACUUAACACGGCGGUCAAGGCGAGGCGAGAACUACAAAUACGGAACACAGCUUCUGAACGCGUGACUUGUGAACCGCCGUGUGUGUGUGUGUUUGUGUGUAUGUAUGUGUGUGUGGUGUGUUUGUAUAACCUGUUACCAAACUCGGAGAAGGAGAGUAAACACGGGCCUGUGGUUCUAGUGGCAAGCCACAUGUAGUCUGGUUCCUUCGCUCCUUCACAUGAGCUGUAAGAACGGCUCCAGCCUUACACUCAUCUCUGUGUAAUUACGUGUAACACCUUUCUGAUUUUUUUUUCUGUGUGACAGUUACCCUUUAAAGUCGGUAUGUGAUUAAUUACGAAACAAAGAAUAGAAUCGCUUCUGGGAAAGAGAUGGCCUGAGUCUCGCCUCUAAUGGAAUAUGAAGCAAGCACCUUGCUCUGCUGCUUUUUCCAAAUGUGCGUGUGCGUUACACCUCCCACACUCAGUGUUCCUAAAUGACCAAACCCGGCGCAGGCACAGACCAGGAGCAGCAACACCACCCUUAUCCGUACCAUGAUUCCCACACCUCAGACAUCAGCACCACAGAGAACUCCAUCAGCAACAAUGCUACCAGCGUUGCUACCACCUACCAUCCACCACUAGCAGCGGUGCUACGACUGGCCAAACAUCAUAUGGUCUUUGUUGACGCUACGUACGUCUUUUGUUUAUACCGUGUUCACGGUGUUUACAUAGUGUAAACACAGAUAUUUACUUUAUGUACGCCAUCACGCCUCACCGAGGCCCUUGCCACCUGUCAUCACUCACUGUAACAGGGUGUAGCACCCAGCCUAGAUGUAUUCUGCCUCACUGUGUUCUACAGUUCUGGCUGUAUCCUCCCAGCCUUCACCUAGUUGCAAUACUGGUGUUGCAAUUUUAAGGUGUUUCAAAUAAUGUUACCUGAUGUACACACGUGUCUCUGACAAUGUGUACACAUACACAAUGCACACACAUCUCAGUCAGCGUACACACAUGUUAGAGAGUAUAUAUUUUACAAACUGUGUGCACAUCUCAUUGUACAUGCACAUCUCAGCAGACAUAUAUCUCAGUACACACAUCUUACAACAUGUGCAUGCAUCUCGGUGUACACGUUUCGGUAUACACACAUCCUGGUGUACAUAUUCCAACGAACGCACGUAUGAAACGUACGCACAUCACAAAUCAGACACUGGGCACAUCUUGGAUAAUGUACACACACAUUUCACUGUGCAUACAUAUCAAACAAUGUACAUAUCUCAGACAGUGUACACACAUACAGUGCAGCGUUACCAGACUUCAAGGUUCAUCAGUGUUGCCAAACUAGCAAUAAACAAGAACUACAAGACUAAAAAUGUUGAUGAAUUAGACACAUGUACAACACUUGGGUAUCAAAGAAGAAUGGUGAAGAUUUUCACCAUUCUUCUUUGUUGAGGACUGAUGAAGCUACUGUGUGGCCAAACGUUUCCUCAGUAAAGAUAAUCAAGUGUUGCCCAUGUGUCUAAUUCAUCAACUUGUCAGUUCUCUGAACCAUUUAUCUACAAGACUAAAAAUAUGCUCACUGUUGCCUGAAUAUUACAUCUGUAUAUCACUGUUGAUAGACUAAAACAUCUGUAUAUCACUGCUGAUAGACUAAACCACCUGUAUAUCUGCUGAUAGACUAAACCACCUGUAUAUCACUGCUGAUAGACUAAAACACCUGUAUAUCACUUCUGAUAGACUAAACCACCUGUAUAUCUGCUGAUAGACUAAACCACCUGUAUAUCACUGUUGAUAGACUAAACCACCUGUAUAUCACUGCUGAUAGACUAAACCACCUGUAUAUCUGCUGAUAGACUAAACCACCUGUAUAUCACUGCUGAUAGACUAAACCACCUGUAUAUCUGCUGAUAGACUAAAACACCUGUAUAUCACUGUUGAUAGACUAAAACACCUGUAUAUCACUUCUGAUAGACUAAACCACCUGUAUAUCACUGCUGAUAGACUAAACCACCUGUAUAUCACUGUUGAUAGACUAAACCACCUGUAUAUCACUGUUGAUAGACUAAAACACCUGUAUAUCACUGCUGAUAGACUAAAACACCUGUAUAUCACUGUUGAUAGACUAAAACAUCCAUCUGUCAAGUAUUUCCAAUAAGGUAAACGAGACACCAGAUACAGUAGUGGCAAACCUAGGCUCUUGGACCGUAGAUUAUUAAUUUGCUUAUACCUGCUACUCCAUACAGGGCAGCAUAUUUGUACAGAACCUGGGAUAACCCAAAAAAAUCAGAGUGACUUUUUUCCAUUGGGGUCCUUUUGUUACCUUAUCAAUAAUAUUACAGUAAUAUAAAAAUUAAAUUGUGGCAGAUAAGAAAUUAUAUAAAAAUGACACAUAAAACAAAUUAUAUAAAAUAUUGAAUAAAGGAUGAUAAAGAUAGACUAAGUAGAUCACAAGAAUUAUGACAGUAUCAAAAAUAUGUAAAUUAUAAUAGAGUUCACUCUGAAAAUUAAUUAUCACUGUUGGAAUACAACGAAAAAUAGAAGACAAUGCAUAUAUAUUAUAAAUUAAUAAACAUCUCAAGGAAAGCAUUUAUUGGCCUAAUAGCUGUAUAGCCCUUGUGGCUUAGCGCUUCUUUUUGAUUAUAAUAAUAAUAAUAAAAUAAUAAUUGGCCUAAUAACAGAUGUUGCUAGGGACUUGCUCCUCCUUGGUGGGACAGUCAGACAGCCAUUGCAAAUAGCACUAAGUUGUGCCAGGAGUUGCUGUUUACAGGGCCAUCGUUGACUUCAGAAAGUCAGCGGAUUUGCUAGCAGCUUGAGGGAGAGCUACUUCGGGGAUGUGUCAGCGUCCUGGUGGACGUUAAUUUGAUUCCGUAUUGUAGGUCCUCUGUAGAGGUGAAGUCGUGGUAGCUGUCAGCUCUGUCUGCAGGGAGGGGCUGUUGGUUGUACCCACUUGGAACUCUCUGGGAGCUUAGAUAUCCAUUAUGUGCACGGAUGUUGAGAUUUGAGGGAUUGAGUGAACACUCCCUGUGGCACACCUGACAGUUGCCUCGUGGUCGAAUUCCACGGCGUUGGCUCUGUCGUGGAAGUUCCCGAGAGCCCGGGAUAUCUUGUGACACUGCUGAUAUCAUGGGCAUGGUAGGGCGCCAACGUGGUGGGGCUUGAUGGGCUAGAAGGGAAAAAAGUACCCUGUACAUUUGGGGUGUCGCUGGGAUUUGGGUGGGUGAGGCGGGGGAGUUGAAUGGUGGAGGCGCAGGUAGUUUGGUGGAGGAACCCCGGGGUGAGGGGUUAUGGGAGGCGCGGGAGGGUCACUGUACACUACAUAUGGGGCAAGCCCGGGGAGAGGGACAGUCACUGUAUACUACACAGGGGUUGUACACUGUUGAUCACACUGUCUUGUUUACAAUAAACACAACAUUUAUUUGUUUCCCCAUGCACAUCAUGAAAGAUGUGGGUAUGUGACAGCUUAAAACCAGUGUUCCCUCAUUUUCACCUACACACCCUGCCUCUUUCCCCUCCCCAGUGACAUGGAGGAGGAGACACUGACUGGUCCCGACCUUGUUACUCUUAACACCAUAUGCCUCUAAUUAUUCCAUGCAUCGACACAUAUUCAUUAAGUUAACUGGGAGCAUGGCGCCUGUGCUGGAGGUAGAUGUGUUUAUGGAGGCCUUUCGAGGUUUGUAUGUACGUUAUCCUUGAAAAUCCCACAGCUAGCCCGCCACACGCCCUUCCACCGGCCAUCCUCACUGAGAUCCCAGCCAUCCUCAUCCAUCAAUGACAGAUCUUUAAAGAAUCCCUUUAGGUACCGUCUGGGAAUGAAGCCAAUAUUGACUCUUAAAGCAAUCCAAAUUCUCUAGCAGUAGAUACACAUAAUCCAGGUAACUUAUAUGAAUGAUAGCUCUUGAGGAGUUAUGUAGUGUCACUCCACCCAUUUUAUCUUUCAGCUGAAUCCAAUUUACUCUUGUGAGGGGCACUGCUGUAGCACCAGGGUAUCCUGACCCAGUGACUGAGCAGAUGUCGUUUAUCUCUCUCACUAUUGGCAUCCUUUCCCUAUCAUUAAGGAGUGUUAGCUUUGGAUGCUUGUGCAAUGCCUUCAACAUACCUUAGGCAUUUGAAUUGUUGAUAGACAUUUUCAACUUCAGGGAAGCAGGUAUACAACGGCAAAACAACAUUUCCCGAAAGGUUUAUUUUCCAAUUAUCAAAUGCAGUUACCUUCCUCGAACAUGGUUCAAUGUGCCCUUUUACUGCUUCUACCCAGUCUCUGGAUAAUGUCGAGAUUGACGCCCCACUGUCAAUCUCAAAAUGCACCGUUUUAUUGUUAAUGAUAAACCCAUAUUGUUCUGCCUUCAUGGAAAACACUUUAUCCUCUAUGGCAUAUAAACUCGUCACUCCCUCGUCUGCUGAACUAUUUUCUCCAUCAAGCACCUUAACUGUCUUUAACUGUCUUUGUUUUAAGAUUAUGCAGCGCCUGUGGGGGAUGGGGGAUGUGGAAGAUAUUCAGGCUUAAUUCAGGGAACCGGGACACAGAUCUAAUUCCCUAGAUCAGGAGACCCUCACGAACAUCAAAGAACCUUCCUUGAGGGGUUGUUCUAGGAUAUCGUGGUGACUUUUGCUGUGAAUCAAACCGCUGUAUAGUCCUUGUGGCUUAGCGCUUCUUUUUGAUUAUAAUAAUAAUGUGAAUCAAACCACGGACACAGCUGUGAAGCGAGAGCUUUGCUUACCCUUGGUGCCUUGGGAAGAUGAUCCAGGGACCUCAAAGGAGAUAAGUCACACUGGUUUUCUUAAGUUAUCUUGGAUUAUUAACCCUCUGGGGUUAAUGAUCCAUAGACAGCUUCUCUGUGUCUUUCUUCUUCACCCUUUUUUUCUGUUUUUAUUUUCUCCGAUCUCUACAGCUCCUUUUAAUAUUUACUAAUUACUAUUAUUAUUAUUACCACAGCAAGUGAUAUACAUUCUGUAACCUGAUUUACAUACCUGAUAUUGAUUUACAUAACUGAUGGUGAUUUAUAAAACUGAACCAUCAGGCUGGAAUGCGAAUCCAACUCUCUCUACCAGACAAGUUGAUGCGUCGCCCCACUUUAAUAUGAUCACAUCUCCUCUCAGAGGCUACAACUUGUGACACUUCAACACUCUUCCACUCAUAAAAAUCUAAAGUAGACCAGCCGGUUACCUCUUCAGUUUUUGUUUACCUUUUUUUUUUCCUUUUUUUUUCUUAUUAUGGCAGGCGAGGGAGGUGUAGGUGUGUGUGUGUGUCUCUCUCUCUUAGACAGAUUACCCGGGUCGCCUUCACUGUUGUCCCCUGCACAUAAUGAACUGUCAGGUAGGCUACUUGCAAGUCUAAACUGCGGCCGAGCCUGUUGUCCACCGGCUUGAUGGUGCCGUUUAAGGAGGGAGGGAAGGGGAGUCCUCUACAAGUGACAGUGCGGCACUGCCCACUCCACCAUUAAUAAUGCAUCGACACGAGCCUUUGAUGAAUUGCUCUUAUGGCCCGGAAUGUUGUCUUCUGUAGCGAUGCUUCCUCCAUCUGAUUCAUAAGCACCACGUGGAAUUUUGUUACGUCCCUAGAAGUUUUCAUUCUCUUACCUUCCUAAAUGAAAUAUUCCAACACCCGGGCGCUAGAAUACUUGAGCGCCUGGCUAACUCCACUUACUUGGAAGUCUGAACAAAUAACUUAGGUGUUAAACUCAACAACUUGAAGUGAAGGCCACACACACACCAUUCUCAAUGUGACCGUUUAGAGAGGAGGGGAAGAAAAACAAUCAACGUAGACUGCACUACUGUAAAAAACAAUCACUGUCUAGAGGCUGUGCUGUUAAAAAAAACAAUCACUGGGGACUACGCUACCGCCGGAGGAUGGGAAUGUAGUGCAUAAUAGCGCUGUUAAACUAACCGGAGACUGCGCUACUGAACAAUCACUGGAAACCUAUACGUUAUUUGUAGUCGUUUUCGGGGGGUCACCAUCCCGCGGCCCGGUCCCAGACCAGGCCUCGUUGCUUGCCUGAUCGAUCAGGCUGUUAGUACCCGCCGCUCGCAGUCCAACGUAUGCACCACAGCCAGGCUAAUCAGAGACUGUCUUGAAGACUGGGGGAUAUAAAUAACGUGCUGGAAAUAUCAAGCCAAAACAGAAAGUCUCAGCAGUGGAUUCAAGCUGGACAGAUUUAGAUUUAGAAAGCAUAUAUGAGAGCGCUGGUUUGGCAAUAGAAAUAUAGAUAAAUGAAACAAACUCCCAAAUAGCGUCAUUGAAGCGAGAACUUUUAGUAGCUUUAAAUAUAGGUUGGGCAGGAACAUGAGUGAAGGUGAGUUGGACCUGCCUAACAUGGACCAGUAGACCCAUGUUAGACAGGUCCUUCUUUUCUUACGUUCAAGUGUUAUUAUAACCUUUGUCAAAUUCUCACUUGGCAUUCUUUGUCCACCCUCCUCCAGCUUCUGCCGCAGUCUCUGAAGUACAUUGUGUGUGUGUGUGUACUCACCUAGUUGUACUCACCUAGUUGAGGUUGCGGGGGUCGAGUCCGAGCUCCUGGCCCCGCCUCUUCACUGAUCGCUACUAGGUCACUCUCCCUGAGCCGUGAGCUUUAUCAUACCUCUGCUUAAAGCUAUGUAUGGAUCCUGCCUCCACUACAUCGCUUCCCAAACUAUUCCACUUACUGACUACUCUGUGGCUGAAGAAAUACUUCCUAACAUCCCUGUGAUUCAUCUGUGUCUUUAGCUUCCAACUGUGUCCCCUUGUUACUGUGUCCAAUCUCUGGAACAUCCUGUCUUUGUCCACCUUGUCAAUUCCUCUCAGUAUUUUGUAUGUUGUUAUCAUGUCCCCCCUAUCUCUCCUGUCCUCCAGUGUCGUCAGGUUGAUUUCCCUUAACCUCUCCUCGUAGGACAUACCUCUUAGCUCUGGGACUAGUCUUGUUGCAAACCUUUGCACUUUCUCUAGUUUCUUUACGUGCUUGGCUAGGUGUGGGUUCCAAACUGGUGCCGCAUACUCCAAUAUGGGCCUAACGUAUACGGUGUACAGGGUCCUGAACGAUUCCUUAUUAAGAUGUCGGAAUGCUGUUCUGAGGUUUGCUAGGCGCCCAUAUGCUGCAGCAGUUAUUUGGUUGAUGUGCGCUUCAGGAGAUGUGCCUGGUGUUAUACUCACCCCAAGAUCUUUUUCCUUGAGUGAGGUUUGUAGUCUCUGACCCCCUAGACUGUACUCCGUCUGCGGCCUUCUUUGCCCUUCCCCAAUCUUCAUGACUUUGCACUUGGUGGGAUUGAACUCCAGGAGCCAAUUGCUGGACCAGUUCUGCAGCCUGUCCAGAUCCCUUUGUAGUUCUGCCUGGUCUUCGAUCGAGUGUAUUCUUCUCAUCAACUUCACGUCAUCUGCAAACAGGGACACCUCAGAGUCUAUU